AUGGUCGUUCUCGCGGCGUCAAUCUGCACCCGCGGGGGGAAAGCUGUCCUCUCCCGCCAGUUUCGAGACAUGCCACGAUCGCGGAUAGAAGCCCUCCUCGCCUCGUUCCCAAAGCUGGCUGACAGCGGCACUCAGCACACGACUGUUGAGCAAGACAAUGUUCGAUUUGUCUAUCAGCCUCUUGACGAGCUGUAUAUGGUGCUCAUCACCAAUAAGCAGUCCAACAUUCUCCAAGAUAUCGACUCCCUACAUUUGUUCGCCCAGGUUGUCACAAGCGCAUGCCGAACCCUCGAUGAGAGAGAGAUCCUCCGAAAUGCCUACGAACUGCUUAGCGCUUUUGAUGAGUUGGUUACGCUGGGAUACCGAGAAAACCUUACCAUGAGUCAGAUCAAGACCUUUUUGGAGAUGGAAAGCCACGAGGAGCGCAUUCAGGAAAUUAUCGCUAGAAACAAGGAGCUCGAGGCUGCUGAAGAACGAAAGCGAAAGGCCAAGCAACUUGAAAUGCAGCGCAAGGAGUCUGCCAGAGGUAGUCGUGGGAUGCCUCGAACUCCAGUUUAUCCUACAUACACACCUCCUUCGAGACCGAGCGGUGCGGAUUCAUACGAUUCGUACGAGGCCGAAAAGAAUAAGACGUUCAACAAGCCACUUGCACCAAAAGGAAAGGGCAUGCAGCUGGGCAAGAAGUCCAAGACCACCGACAUGUUCGAGCGAGUCCGUGGCGACAUGGGCGGCGAGAUUGAUGACACGCCUCUCGUAGCUCCCACUCCGGCUACGGCCGAGCCUGUUGAGCCUCGAGUUUCAUCGACGCUCGACCGCGAUGCUGUCCAUGUCACUAUCUCGGAGUCGAUCAGUGCUAAUCUCUCCAGAGAAGGCGCUGUCAACACUUUGUCCAUCAGCGGUGAUCUUUCUCUGCGCAUCUCCGACCCCAGCCUCACCAAGAUCAAACUGGGCCUCCACGCUGUCCCAUCUCACGGCGCACAGUUCCGCACGCACCCCAACGUUGACAAGAACCUAUUUAAUGGAUCCAAGACUAUUCAAAUGAGCAACACAGCUCGAGGAUUCCCUGUGAACAACUCGGUUGCGGUAUUGCGAUGGAGAGCCUCACCAAAAGGGGACGAUACCAGUGCCUGCCCCAUCACAUUUACAGUCUGGAUUAACGACAACGGCGGCAAGUACAACGUUACUGUUGAAUAUGAGCUUACGGGUGGUGAUGCUCUGAGAGAUGUCAGCGUCGUGAUUCCCUAUUCAGGAAGCGAGCCUAUUGUGUCUAGCUUCGAUGCGGCUUACGAGGUCUCGGGAGAUAUGUUGGAAUGGAAUAUCGGCUCGGUUGAUGAUGAGAAUCCCAACGGCGCCUUCGAAUUCGAAGCUGAGAGCAGCGAUGAGAACGACUUCUUCCCCAUGACUGUACGGUUUAACAAGACGACGCCAUAUAUUGAUGUGGAUGUCACGAAGGUAUCCCUGUUGGAGGAGGAUGAGGAGAUUACGUUCUCCAAGGACGUCAAGUCUACUGCCGACAACUACGCAGUUGAGUAG